CCAAGUUGUUACAUGAAAUCUGCAGUUUCAUAAUUUCCGCGGGUCGGGCCGACCGGCCAGGCGCGGGGCACAGCGAUGGCCACCACCGGGGCCCUGGGCAACUACUACGUGGACUCGUUCCUGCUGGGCGCCGACGCUGCGGACGAGCUGGGCGCUGGCCGCUACGCGCCCGGGGCCCUGGGUCAGCCUCCCCGGCAGGCCACCGCGCUGGCGGAGCACCCCGACUUCAGUCCGUGCAGCUUCCAGUCCAAGGCGGCGGUGUUCGGCGCCUCGUGGAACCCGGUGCACGCGGCGGGCGCCAACGCGGUGCCCGCUGCAGUGUAUCACCACCACCACCACCACCCCUACGUGCACCCCCAGGCGCCCGUGGCGGCGGCGGCGCCGGACGGCAGGUACAUGCGCUCCUGGCUGGAGCCCACGCCCGGCGCGCUCUCCUUCGCGGGCUUGCCCUCCAGCCGGCCUUACGGCAUUAAACCUGAACCACUGUCCGCCAGAAGGGGUGACUGUCCCACGCUUGACACUCACACUUUGUCCCUGACUGACUAUGCUUGUGGUUCUCCUCCAGUUGAUAGAGAAAAACAGCCCAGUGAAGGCGCCUUCUCCGAAAACAAUGCUGAGAAUGAGAGCGGCGGAGACAAGCCCCCCAUCGAUCCCAGCAACCCGGCUGCCAACUGGCUCCACGCGCGCUCCACGCGCAAGAAGCGCUGUCCCUACACGAAACACCAAACGCUGGAACUGGAGAAAGAGUUUCUGUUCAACAUGUACCUCACCAGGGACCGCAGGUACGAGGUGGCCCGACUGCUCAACCUCACCGAGAGGCAGGUCAAGAUCUGGUUCCAGAACCGCAGGAUGAAAAUGAAGAAAAUCAACAAGGACCGAGCAAAAGACGAGUGAUUCGACUGGAGUUCAUUUAGAAAAGAGAGCGCGAGCUAGAGAGAAAGAGAAAGGACUGCCCGUCGUCCCCUUCUCCCACCCCCAUCCCACCCCAGCCUCCACCACCCCGCACAAAGCGGCUCUAAACUCCAGGCCUCAUCUCCCCCUGGCAGACCCGGCUCAGGCUGGUUCCUCAGCCUGCCGCUUUCAAGGAGGAGGUAUUGUAAGCUUUCCAUUUUCUAUAAGAGGAAAAAAAGGUGUGUGUGGGGGGGGAGAGCAUUAGUGCUGAUGGCUGUGUGUGCUAGCUUGUAUAUAUAUUUUUAAAAAUCUACCUGUUCCUGACUUCAAACAAACAAACAAACAAACAAAAAAAAACUACCUUUUUGUAAUGCACAACUGUUGAUGGCGAGCUGUAUAGUUUUUAGUCUGUGUAGUUAAUUUAAUUUGCUCUUUGUGCGGCAGAGUGAUCUGCCCAGAUACUUGAACACUGUGUUUUAUUGUGGUAAUUAUGUUUUGUGACUCAAACUUCUGUGCUGGGUGAUGCACCCGUUGUGAUUGUGAAAGCUAGAAAAUUCAAUUUCAACUCAGGUUGUUGAUGAGGGAGAAAAACAGUUGCAUAGAGUAUAGCUCUCGGUAGUGAAAUAUGUCUUCUGUAUAACUAGGCUGUUAACCUUUGAUUGUAAGCUAGCUGUAAGGAUUUCCCAGUGAAAUAAAAUUUUAAAAGAAAGAAAGUGUUCUCCAGGAUGCACAGAUUCAUGGGUUUUCUCCUCUUUUGAAAUGCGGGCAUUUUAGUCUCUACAUACUCUAUAGACCUGUCUUAUCCAUUGUAUAUAUAAUCCACAUAUUAAAGAAAAAUUAAUCAGACAAGCUUGCAUAUUGUUCUUGCACCGGAUGAACAUGGAGGAAAUUCGGAGCUAUACAUAUGUGCAGAAGGUUACUACCUAUGGUUUACAUUUAAUUUUAGUCGGGGGGAAAAUGAAUGCUUAUUGUAAUGGAGUUAAUUUUAUUGAUAAUAAAUUAUACACUAUGAAACCGCCAUUGGGCUACUGUAGAUUUGUAUCCUUGAUGAAUCUGGGGUCUCCAUUGGGCUCAACAUACACUGUAUAUUUUGCAAUAGUUACCUCAAGGCCUACUGACCAAAUUGUUGUGUUGAGAUAUUUAACUUUUUGCCAAAUAAAAUAU